AUGCCUGAUACCCUCACAAAGACUCAUUUUCCUGAGGUUCUUUAUCAGCUCCAACAAAAAGAUGGCCUUUCUUCCCAAAGACAAGGUCCUCUCUUACCAGAUGGUGUUUUAGGAAUUCUCCAGUGUGAACUUCAUCUUGGCAAGAGACUUCCUAAAAAUUCUACGACUUAUAGUGCCCAUGACUCUCAUGAUACUACUGGUCCAUCUCCAUAUGUGGAAUAUUCAGUGGCAUAUCUGGAAUUGUUGGACCUAGUUACUGCCAAAGUAAAGCCAAAGCAGCUCGCUGAAAGAACACAUAAACUUGAAGAUGUGUAUAAGCUGCAAGGAUGUAUUGCAAUCAAAGCUGCUGUCCAGGCCAGUGAAGCUAUGGUUGCUUUUCAUAUGUUAAUUGGACAGAAGAAUGUAACAACAUACCCUUUAAGGGAUGAAAUACAACAGCAAAUUCCAGAUUAUGUGCACAUGGAUUUAAUGACAUCCUAUAAAGAUUUCAUGCUGGAUAAGUAUCAUGCUGCAUAUGUAAAUAUCUAUGAUUCUGUAAAAGAAAGUCAGAAAGCAAAAACAGAAUAUACAAGUGAACAACAUGAAGGAGAAAAAUCUGCAAAAACUGUACCCGCUGGUAAACAAGAAAGUGGAUAUUUGACAUGGAUUCACAUUAUCAACUAUUACACUCAACUGCAAAGACUCCAGAAUGUCAGCACAGUAUCUGCUGGUUCUAAACAGAAGCAUGACAAAUAUGAUAUGGAAGGCAUGGUACACACAUCUAUUUUUAGUGACGGAAUUGUCCUUCGCUUAACUGAAAUGCAUCACUUCUUGAAAAACUUUUUACCUGCAUAUGCUUCCUGUAUAGCCGACUGUCCUCCAAAAGAGCUUUACCCAAAUUUUGAACAGACAACUCUAACAGGGUCUGUACCCUCCAAGAGCUACUUAUCAGCUACUGAAUUAAGGAGGGAGUCCUCAGGAAGGCAGCAGUCACUAGUAAAAUCUUCCAGAUCAACUCCAGUCAGCUUGCAAGCCAGCCCAGCACCACACACAUCAGAAAAGGAACUUUGCAUUCACUGGUAUUGUCCAACAUUACUGAAACCAGCAAGAGAUGUAAAACAACCAAUGGUUUUACUACUAUUUUAUUACAGCACUUAUGGUGAUAUUUUGACCAGCAUGAAGAUGUAUGAUCCAGAUGAUAUUAUCUGUGGCCAAAAAUGGAUCCCAUUUGCUAGCCUUCUUUACAUUCAUGAGAGGCUCACUGCAUUAAAUCAGCAAGCCGAACUUUUACAGCAAACGGCAAAGGAUUUGCCUUCGAGCACCCAAAGCGAAAAACGUAAAGCAUCUGUGCAGAAGUCAGUUAUGGCUAUUGACAGUGACAAACUACAAAAAGGAGAACUGGCAGAGAUACAAGAGCAAGUUAAGCAGUGCUGUACAGAAAUCAGAGAUCUGCUGCUGUAUGAACAAGAAGUGACUCCCUUAACUGAGAUUCCAUUUAGUCUGUCCAUGAACUCCCUGAAGAAGCUGGAGAAGGUGUUUGACCCCGUUAAUGGAUGCAUAUUAAAGGGUGGAAAGCUGACAGAAUGGAUAAUUUCACUACUAUGUUAAAUAGUACAGAUUUUUUUUAAAUAAAGUUGUAUAUAUUAA